AUGGCCUGCAGAUCUGACGCUGAACUGAAAACUCAGAGUGUUAAACUGACACUCAUUUCUGGGCAAAGAGACAAACAGGAAGAUGAAUCUUCUUUCUCAGGAGAGGACUCUGAACUUGGUGUUAUCCCUGAUGCUGUUCUACAAGUGCAAGGAGAGAAUUUCUAUGUGAAUCGUCAAUAUCUGUCCCUCCAGAGCCCCUACUUCAGGGCUCUGUUUUUCGGCUGUGGUGUGGAGAGCAACAGAAGCCAGGUGGAAAUUAAAGGCGUGCAGCUGCAACAUUUCAGGGCCUUGAUGGACUACAGCAGAACGUGCAACCUAACUUUGGAAAGAGAGAAUGUUCUGGGCAUUCUUGAGACUGCAGACUUUUUGCAACUGGAUCGAGCUAGACUGCUGUGCUGCAAGUUUCUUGAGCGUGAACUGCACCUCACUAAUUGUCUGGGAAUGAUGGCCUAUGCCUGGCAGCUGGGUUGCAAACAGCUUUACACUGCAGCUAGACAUGUGGCCCUCACACACUUCUCCGCUAUCAUUUCUGAAGAGGAUUUUUUGUCCCUUUCCAAGGACACACUAGCAGCUCUAUUAGCCAGUGAUGACCUGGCUAUUUCUCAUGAUGACUUAGCCCUGGAGGCCACCUUGCGUUGGGUUUCAUUUGACCCCAAACGAGAAGAAUAUUUCCUGGAGCUCAUUGAGCUGGUGAGACCAGAGUCUCUGUCUUUGCCUUUUAUUACUGAUCUUUUGACCAGAAUGAAAAGUUCUGACCCCAGAGCUAAGCUCAUAUGCAAGCUGAAUGAGCAUUUUCCAGCAUCUUGGUCGGUGGGCAGGUCAGUUAAAAGGACCAAGGGCAGAGAGACUCUGUAUGUUCUGGGUGGACCUCACGAUCAGGAGCAACAGGCACUGUACCAGUUCCACCCAGUGAGUGGUCGAUGGCAGUGCUGUGCAUCUCUGCAGAGGAAGAACCUUACACAGUACUCUGUUGCAGCAGUAGGAGACAGUUUAUUUGUAACAGGUGGAUACUACCGAGAUGUGCUGUGGUUCAGUGUGGACUGGGUCAGGAUAUACGAGUGUGCAAACCAGCGCUGGGUGGAUGGUCCAGCCCUGCAGAAAUCCAGACACAGCCACUGCUCCAUCGGCUUGGAUUCAGUGCUAUAUGUCGUGGGUGGCAGCAUGGACGAAGGGCUUGUGGCUGAUGUAGAAAGGUUGGUCCUGGGGUCACAGGAGGGCUGGGAGGGAGUGAGCCCCAUGAUCAAGGCUGUGGAGAGGGCAGCCACUGUAGCAAUGGAUCUGUGUAUCUAUGUGGCAUGUGGCCUGGAUGAAAAUGGAGAGGCGUAUGGUGGAAUUCAGAGGUACCUGGUGAAGGAGGAUCAGUGGGAUGUGAUAUCUUUUUCUCCAUUUCCACGAUAUGACCUAGUUGCCACAGAGCUCAAUGGCGCUCUCUACCUGUUUGGAGGUCAACCCCUACGCUAUGACCUGGAGACAGAUGAGUGGAAUGUCGUAGAGGAAGAGUGUCUGCACGGAAAGUUCUUUUGUGGUUGCACCACAGUCAGCGGACAGAUAUAUCUGGUCAGUGAAAGGAAGAGCAACAAAGCAGUCCCAAACAUGAUCCUGCUAGACCCUUACAUCGACACCUGUAUAGAAGUAGAUGAUGCCAUACCUUGUCCCGUGCCCAUCAAAGGCUGUGUUACAAUGAAAAUGGUCACAUGA